CGUGGUGGGAAGAGAAAGUAGAUUAAUUAGCCAUAAUAAGGGAGAAAAAAAAUCUCACCGGAGAAAGGAAAGAAUCUGGAACGAAAAACCAAGAGCUCAUCCUUCCAAAUCAAUAUCAAGAUAAAACAAGAUGCCAGAAAAUGACAGCACUUGUUCGAUAAGGCUCCUUCCUUGUAAGAAAAAGAAACUGUUUCUUUCCUUGGCAGCAAUCUUGGCCAUUCUCUGCAAAGGAAUCAGAAGUCAAGCAGGGCAGACGUAUACUAUUACCAUGUCACCUUCUGUCUCUGUGCAGCGUGGUUUCACUGUUUAUAUUCCAUGCCAGUUCACUUAUAACCAGAGAGACCUGGCAUGGAAUGAGAAAGUAUUGGCUUAUUGGAUUAAGCGUUCGCCACAACGUUAUCCCUGUUCUCCACCAUUGAAUCAAAACUGCUUGCCUGUAGCUACCAAUGACCAAAACCAGAUAGUCGAACGUUCGGCCAAGGAUCGCUUCUAUUUAUCUGGAGAUCCAAUGAAAGGAAGUUGCUCGCUGGUCAUCAGGAAUGCUCGCAUAGAAGAUGAAGGGCAAUACUACUUGAGAAUUGAGGGGAAAUGGGACUUAAAAUUUUCUUUUAUCCAAGAAAGUGGGCAUACUUCACCUUAUGUUCAUGUGAUAGAACUGCCCCAGAAAGUCAGUAUCACAGUGGGCAUCCCAGACUUGACACAACCCGGCUUACCAGAAAGGAAAGAGGAAGUCAACCAUGUAAUAGUCAAGGAAGGAAACAGUAUCAUCCUGACCUGCACUGCUGAUGGUAGACCAUCUCCCAAUCUAUCCUGGAUGAAGGAGGACCAGAAAAUUGGUGAACCCACAGGUCACCUUCAGCUGCAUCAAAUUAGACCAGAGGAUGCUGGAAAAUAUCAAUGCGUGGCAAAUAAUCAGUACGGAUCACUCAAGACGAUGGUUGAAGUGAUUGUCCAGUAUCAUCCAAAGAUGCCGGUUUUCAACAUCUCCCAAACUCACAGGAGAGGCUCCAUACUCACUCAAGGUUGUUCCAAGGAGCUGGCCAGUGACUCUGAGUUGACAGCCCAAGAAGGUGACUCAUUGGAGGUGUUCUGCAAAGCAGAUAGCAAUCCUCCAGCUGCAACUAGUUGGGUGAAAGGGGACAGCCCCUUGCAGAAGCCUCUAGAUAACCAAUUGAGACUGACCAAUCUGACAAUUGCAGAUGAAGGUGCCUAUGUGUGCAAAGCUACAAACAUGUUUGGCAGUAUUCAGAGGACCUUCCAGCUAUUUGUAACAUAUGCCCCAAAGCUCAGCAGAAGCCCCCAGAAAAAUACAACCUGCUCUUAUCAUGAGAAUGGUUUCCUGUGUGUUUGUACCUUGCAUGCUAAACCCGCUCCCCAGAUCGAGUGGGAGGUGGAUGGGGAAAGGAUAACUGAGGAGAGAAGGAAGAGAGAAAACCUGACAGUCCAAGCACUAGUCCAGGAGAAUGAGGUCACCAGUACCUUAAAGUGGACGGGCAGCCUGGAUAGAGCUCAUAAUAUUAUCUGCAUGGGGAACAAUUCUUAUGGAAUCCAAAGCAUACAAUUCCUUUUGGAUGCCAAGCAACACCCAACUCCAGAGUCUUCCAUAGAAAGAUCUCUGUUCAUUGCUGGAAUAUGUGGAAUUUUUCUGGGAGCUGGAAUCCUCAUGUUGUGUUUAUUCCUGAUCAGGGUUUUUAAGAAGAAGAAAGCAUUGCUUGAAGCUAGCCAUGUCGAAGGAACCCCUUCUGGAAGAGAACCUCAGGAGGAAUCCAAGAAUUCCAGCCAUAUCUACAGCAAUAUUUUCCCGACGGGUCCAAGAUUAUCCUGGGUCAAUAAGUCAAAACCUGCUCAAGAAAGGAAGCCCAAAGUACCCCAGGGGUCCACUGCUCCAGCCCCAAGGAGAUCAGAGCCACUUGAAUUGCAAUAUGCUGACAUAGAUUUCAAGCCGAAAAGUCAAGGCGUUCCAGCCUUAAGCGACGAUGAUGUGGAAUAUUCACCCAUCCAAGCCUUCUUCCUUGGGCUAAUUUCAACACAGUUGCUUUGGAAAGGUGUGAUACCUGCAAAAGGAGGGGUGUAUUACCUGAAAGCUCCUGAUCAUGUGUUGGUAGAGGAAGGGCUCUGUGCCAUGAUUCCCUGCAAUUUUACUUAUAAUAAACAGCAUGCCUUGGAGACUGCAGAAUUGAAAGGAUUUUGGAAGAAAGUAGAAAAUAACCAAGUUAAAAUAGUGGCCACCUCAACUAAAAUAUUGGCUGAGAAUCACUUUCACCUCAUUGGGAAUCUGACAGCAGGAAACUGUUCUCUCCUCAUCUUGAAUGCCCGAGAAUCUGAUGAAGGGAACUACUUUUUCAGAAUGGAAAAAGACCCUAAAGCAAAAUACGACUUUUUCGAAUUCGCUAAACCAUACCUGAACGUAACAAAAGGACAACCACCAGAAAUACAGAUCUUGGGGACGUUGAGAGCAGGAUAUUCUACAAAGAUCACCUGUGCAACUUUUGCAAGCUGUAGUUGGAUGCCUCCAAAGUUCACCUGGAACGGCUUACCCAAAGGCAUCGAAUCUCCUUUGCAGCUGAAUGGGACCCAGGGUUACUCAGUGGUGGAUUUCUUACCUUCUGUUGCAGACCACAAGCAGAAUAUCACCUGCAGGGUCAAUUACACAAAUGGGAACAAUUCUGUUUCCAGAGAGACAACCAUCCAACUGAAUGUCACUUUUAAACCGCAGAUACUGAUCAGGGGGGAACAUUUUUGCUCCAAUAAAAGUCAGCAAAGCUUCAGAAACAUUUCUCAGCUCAAGGUACAAAAAGGGGAUUGCAUCCGGCUACGCUGCAAGGUAAAAGGCAACCCUUUGCCCCAGGUGACUUGGGUUAAUGGAACCAAAGUCUUGAAGACAAAACCCCGAGCCUUGAAUGUCCUGGAGCUUCCUGAUCUUAAACCGGAAGAUGCUGGGAAGUACACGUGUCAGGCAGUCAAUGAAUUAGGCUCUGUUGAAGCAUCCCUUGAGCUCUCCAUAACAGACCCAAUUAAAACCCUGCUUCUCAAGGUGACUGGUGCCCUUGUCGUGCUUGUUGUUAUCAUGAUCAUCGCUGGGGUCAUCCUUGCUUCUAAAAGAAACAUUUGCAAAUUUGUGUAA